AUGAAUGAGAAGACAGAUAUUCUCCUUCUCGGUGCGACAGGCUAUACAGGAGGUCUCAUCACACGUUAUCUCUCAGUGCACCCGCAACGAGCACAUUUCUCGUUGGCACUUGGAGCAAGGUCUGCGGACAAGCUUAAAAAGUUCGCUCAGGAGCUCGGUUUAUCGGGCUCAGUUAAAUUUGUGCAGGUCGACGUCACCAAGGAAGACGAGGUUGAAGCGGCGGUGAAGAGCACUAGAGUUGUCAUCAACACUGUUGGUCCAUACUGGCUCUGGGGAACACCAGUUGUCAGAUCAUGUGUUCGCAAUGGCGUGCAUUAUGUCGAUCUAACUGGGGAGACGACGUUCAUCAGACGAAUAAUUACCGAGUUCGAUUAUUUUGCCACCAAAACAGGGUCAAUCAUUGUACCUGCAUGUGGAUUUGAUUCUAUACCUUCAGAUAUCACUGCGUAUUUGGCCAACAAAACUUUGAAAUCGCUUGGCCCUACUCCUACCGGGGAGUAUCUGGCCGCAGGCGAAUCCACGAGUGCGGUCAUGACUGUGGGCGGUGUAUCUGGAGGGACAGUGGCGUCAAUGAUGGUAGCGCUCGAAGCUGUUCCGAAGAACGAAACCAAAGAGUCUAUGCUUCCGUACUCGAUAAGCCCGUUCAUUGGCCUGAAAACCCAGCCUUUCCGUUUCUUGUACAAUCUUGUCAUUCCUGGAUCUAAAACAUUAACCGGAGGGCAUUGGGUUAUGGCUGCAUCCAACAAGGCUAUCGUUGAGCGCUCAUUUGGACUAUUGGAAAUACAAAAUCUGACUGCCAAGAACAAAGAUUCACAAAUUGCUCGAUAUGGUCCCCAAUUUAGCUAUCACGAAUUUAUGGUCACCUCUGGCGCGGUGUCUGCCAUUGUAUUGACUGCGACUCUGCUUAUUGGGUUUGGUUUAUUGUUGGUUAAGCCGAUUCGCCAUGUUGCUAAAGCAUUCUUGCCAAAAUCUGGAGAUGGCCCGACAGACGAGGAUAUGCAAAAGGGUUUCUUGAAAAUGACCAAUAUCACCACUUCAACGUCCUCUCCUUCCCUCAAGGUCGAGACUGUGAUUAAAGGAAAGGGCGACCCCGGUUACUUACUGACAGCCAUCAUGAUAUCCGAAUCUGCUCUUUGCUUCCUGUUACCACCAGUAUCAGAAUCGUCCAAAAUCCAACCUGGAAAAAUUGGCAACAUUCAUUCUCUACCUCCCUUAGCGCAAAAGGGCGGCGUUUUGACUCCCGUCACAGCGUUUGGUGAUGUGCUAAUUCAGCGUCUAGAAGAAUCUGGGAGAUUCGAGUUCUCAAGUUCCGUUGUAAACGAUGCAAUCCACAAAAAAGAUGCUUGA